AUGUGCUCCUCCUCCGCCACAUUCAAAUCCACUGCCGCCCGUCCGCACAGCGUUUCGAAAAGCACCACACCAAAAGCGUACGUAUCGGCUUUCAUCGUCAGUUUACGCGUGCGGAAGAAAAAAACUAUCGUUUGUCGUCCUCCGAAGUUUGUAGAGUUGGUCGGCGAGUGUCCCGCCGGACAUAUAGUCGUACACAAGGAUCAUCUCCCGAUUCGCGUGCCGAAGCUCGGAGAGCGUCUCGAUCUCCAUAAGAAACUCGCGGGCCCCCUGCGUGGAACUUUACCAAAUCCGCCACUUCCGAUUAGAAGCCCGUCGUUGAAAUUUCCAGUGGCGGAUUGGAUCUCGACGAACGAAAAGCGGCGGCAGAGACGUUCGGCUCUGGCGGAUGGCUUGUUUUUUUCUUCGGGUGCCUCUAGGCAAGGAGUUUGGGCUGGCAAGACUAUUGUCAGGGUUGCUCAGCUUGAAUAUUUCGAAUGCAGAAAUGAGUUGAAGCCUGUCCAUGAGCUCAUCGUGCGAAUGCAAAGAAAUCGAGAGAUCACGUUUGCCUUGCUCUUUGCGCCCUCUAAUUGUCACCAAGUAGUCCUCAUAAUACCAGGGAAUGUUUUUACUUUCACCGGUUGA